UCAAAAAUGAAGCAAAAGUAAAAUAUACUUAGAACUAAUCGUUCAACCGUCGAUCGCUUUUAAAUUGUCAGUUAUUAGUUCAAAGCCACCGUCUAUAACUCCACUUUUGUGUUGCAGAAGUACAAUGCCCAAAGCAUGAAGUUCUUGCUCACUGAUGAAGGGCGAUAUGGGAUCAUUGAACUCAUGUAUAGAGCCUUGCCAGGCUGUCAGCUGCAGGUUCAAAACCAACCUGCAGAAUCAUCAGGUGCACCUGACUACGACUACACAGCAAAGCACAACAACAACAAUAACAACAACAAUAACAACAACAACAACCAAAACAAAAACCCAGACUAUUUCAAUUAUCAUCCGGUCACCACGACAACUACAGUCCGCAAGUUCUACACCCACGGCCCCAUACCAGCGGCGAAUCCCGGUAACCAAACAGUGGACACUGCUGGAGUUGUGCCACCGCCUAUUGUUCAACCGGCUCCCAAAGUUCAGCCCUCAGUUGUUGCCCCUGCCAAACCGCCGGCUAACCAAAAUCCGGUGGUUCCGCCGAAUCAAAUCCAACCGCCAAUUAAAAAGAGAGAAAUAGUGAAAAGAUCGUUUGAUUAUACCAGUGUGAACGACAUCACGGGAAGCGAUUACAAUGACGCAAUUGAAAAUAACGGGGCGAUGGACCCGCUGAUAUAUGCCCAGAACAAAGUGCUGGCACUUGAAUGCGCAUUCCAAAAGGCUGUCAAUCCUGCUCCUCCUAGAUCCGACAAGCAUUCAUCUGAAACAGGAAAAGGCUCUUCCGAGACCAACGGCAACAGUCCAUGGUCCGCUUUCAGGUCCUCGAAGACCAAAAGCGACGCCAAUCAAAACCAGGAUGAAAACUUGGUCGUAAUUUGCAUAAUAUCGACUCUCGUGAGCUUGACGGCACUUAAGUUGUAAUUACGACAAAAUGGCACGAAACGGCAAACAAAUUUAGAUAAAUAUAUUAAAUGGAGCUGCCCUAAAUCUAAUUUGGAAAAUUGCGACAAUAGUUAAUGAUAAAAACCGACUAAAAAGAUGGAGAUAAACUAGCCAAAAUGGCAAAAUGAUGAAUCAAUCAAAAAUCGAAAUCAAUAAGACAAGUUCGAGAAUUGUUUUAUUUAACAAGGACAAGGAAAGAAUUCAAAAGCAGUUGUGACAGGACUACUGCUGAAACAUAGGCAUUCACUUAGACGGAAAACGACACGAGUUGAUAAGCUUAUAAUUUGGAACUGAUAAUUAUUUUCAAAGAUGUGGCUUAAUGAAUUGGCAGCAUAUAGCAGAUUUGCGAGCGAUUGCGUGAAGUAUCGAUAAGUAGGAGGUGUAAUGAACUUGUUGCGCGCUCAAAAUUUAUUUGAUGCGAUAAAAGUUAAU